UGCUGGUGCUUGUAUUGCCAUGCCUUGUCUGUACAUGUGUGUUAUGUGCACCUACUGAGUCACUUGGUGAAGUUUAGAGUGCUCGCAACAAAACAUUGUUAUAUAUACCUGGUACCUGGCGAGUCACCUGUAACACUUGGUGACAGGCCAGGUAAGACGGGCUGCUGAGGCGAGGGUGUGGCCCAGCAGUGGUCAACGGGCCAACAUGAGACUGCUGGUGGUGACCGCCGUCCUGCUGGCAGCACAGGUCAGCGCAGCGACGACCCUGAUUGAUGAUGAUACCGAACCAGCCUCGGAUGAUUCUGCGAGCUCAGCCUUGGCUGGGUCCCAGCAGCUGCAAGAUGGCCUUCUUGCUCCCCAACUGGGUCACACCAUUGCGGAACAUCGCCCCCCAGUGCGUUCCGUGAGGCCUGCUGAUCCUCGCUUUAGCCUGUACGGUCAGGCAGCAGACCGCUCAAGAUACCGUGCACAACCAGGAUAUGAACACCCGGGAUACGAUCGCACCGCACCUAUUGAACGGCCGGGCUAUCAACGAUCUAAUUAUGAUCGCAUCGCAGCUAAUGAACGCCCGGGAUAUGAUCGCACUCCGGCUAAUGAACGGCCGCAAUAUGAACGACCAAGCUAUGAUCGUUCACCUGCCAAUGAACGACCUGACUAUCGCACAACUUCCAUUGCACGGCCUAGCUAUGAUUCUAGGAGUUACGGUAGACGGCCAGGUUACAAUCGCACAGUUUCCAACGAACGGCCCGGAUACGAUCGCAGCGGCCAUGUCAGACGGCCAACCAAUGAACGCCCGUGGUAUGACCGCACUGCAGCCAAUGAACGGCCGGGAUAUGACCGUACUGUAGCUUAUGAACGGCAGGGAUAUGACCGCACUGUAGCCAAUGAACGGCCGGGAUACGACCGAACUGUAACCAAUGAACGGCCGGGAUACGAUCGCUCUGUAGUCAAUGAACGGCCGGGAUACGAUCGCUCUGUAGCCAAUGAACGACCGGGAUAUGACCGCACUGCACCCAAUGAACGGCCGGGAUAUGACCGCACUGCACCCAAUGAACGGCUGGGAUAUGACCGCACUGCACCCAAUGAACGGCCGGGAUAUGACCGCACUGCACCCAAUGAACGGCCGGGAUAUAGUCGUUCUUGGCUUAAUGUUCAAGAUGGCGCUGGUUACAGAGAGGAAGUUUCAGCGGGAAGCGUCAGCGGCCGAAGAAUGGAGGAGGCGUUCUCCACAGGCGGCUCCGAGACGAUGUGUGCAAAGACAUGCAGCUCGUCAGGUGAGAGGCAGACUACAUAUCAAACAGGGCAGCAGUAUGUGUACCUGUACCGGGGCGAGGCGGCCACUACCACUGCAGGGAACCACCAGGAGUCCUCCAUCAAUGUGGCAGCAAGGGUCAUUGUCACUGUUGGCACCUCCCCUUGUGACCUAAGGCUGCAGGUUCCCAGCCUUGAGGUGGAGGGCGACUCAACUUGGUUCAAGGAGGCAGUCCAGACCCAUGACUUAUACUUCAGCUAUCAGAAUGGCAGGAUAGAGGAAGUGUGCCCACAUCAAGAGGAGCAUGUUGCUGCCACCAAUUUCAAGCGAGCAGUGUUAUCCAUGCUGCACACAAGCAUCACUAACCUGCAAACCAAAGUUAUUGUGCAUGAGAGUGACGUGGCUGGUGAGUGUGAGACGCACUAUCAUCGCCUGAACAGUGAGAAUGACAAGGUGGUGCUGAACAAGACCAAACAUAACUGCCUCUCCAAUGUGCACCUCCCACACCUCCUUCACUCCCACUCCUCAUCCCCCACCAUGACUGUAAUGCCCCACUUCAGGAGCAAUCAAGAGUGCCGGAUGGAGAGUCAGGGAGGAGUGUGGCAGAAUGUGGAAUGCCAGCAAGAGGUGGAGGUGGAUGGCCCUUUGGCACCCACCAAGGAUUCUGUCACCUUGUCCAUGUCCUCCAGUCUGGUUCUGGAGACUAGCAGGUCUGAUGGGAACCAGCAAGCAUUCCACCAAGACCACAUAUUAAGGAGGGAGUCUUUGAGGAUGAAACUUGAGGAGGUAGUAAUGGGUGGCCAAGCACAGGAGGCUUCCCACAUUUUGGCACAGGUUGCUGACACAAUGGAGGUGCUGGCCAUGGAGGAAGGCAGAAAGGAGGUAGAGUGGCCACGUAUGUUCAGUCACCUGGUGAACCUGAUGGGUCUUGUGCAACAUGAACAAGAUUUAGAGGAGAUCUGGGAUGACUACAUUGACCAGGACAAUUACAAGAGUAUUGUGCUGGAUGGCCUCCUGGCAUGUGACUCUGGUCCUUGCAUUGGUCUGGUUACACGUUUGGCCAGUGAGACACCCUCUCACAUCUCCUCCCCCACUCUUUCCCUGUGGCUGGCUGGCCUUCACCUCCACACUCAUGCCAAUCCUUCAUCCAUUCCUCACAUCAUGAGUUUGGUGAAGAGUAGACCUGAGAGUGAGGAGGCAGCUGUGAUGGCAGCCUCAAGUGUUGUGUUCAGGUUGUGCCAAAAGAACAACACUGCUUGUCACACUCAUUCACAAACAUUCCUGAAUUAUGUGAAGGAGGAAGUGGGUGAGGGGUGUGGGUGGAAUCAGACCAGCCAGCAGCAGCACAGAGUCAAGUUUGCUCUCCGGGCACUUGGUAAUGCUGGUGUGGUGCCUCAAGACAACUUUCCUGAGAAGUGCUACAAAAACAAGAUGCUGCCAACAGAGCUUCGAGUGGCAGCACUGCAGACUCUGAGGCGCAGCGGCUGUUCGGGUUCAGAGGCUCCAUGGAAGAUUUUGGAGGAUGAAAGUGAUGGGGUGGAGGUGCGAGUGGCAGCCUACCUGGCUCUCCAGCCCUGUGCCACCGUCACUCCUCAAUUCUUUCCCCGUCUUCAAAAAAUGCUUGAGGAGGAACAGGUCAAUCAGGUUGGAUCAUUCAUUUGGACUCAUGUCCAUAACUUGGCUGAGCAGCCCGCAGCCAGCCAGGAGGGGCAGGAUCUGGCUCGCCUAGCAGCUCAGCUCACCCUCAACAAUAAGUUCAACACCAAUCCCUUCCAAGCAUCAAGGAAUUACCGUCUGGCACAAUUCAGCGAAGCAAUGGGCUUCGGAGGAAUAGUGGACGGAAACGUUGUCUUCAGCCCUGAGUCUUACCUUCCCCAGACUGCUGCCCUCAAUCUCACUCUGCAGCUCCUUGGCAAGUCUGUGAAUGUGUUUGAGAUUGGAGGCAAUUUCAAGAGGAUGGAAGAUUAUGUUUCAGGGAUUGAAAGGUUCUUUGAGAAGGGAAGCUACUUUGAAAAUGAGGAUUUGAAAAACCUCCUGAAGAAUCUUCGGCCAAAGAGAGAAGUAUCCACGGGUAAACUUGAACAAUACCAGACAAUGUACAAUGAAGCAAAGAUCAAGAAGGGAGCCAUUGAGGGAAGAAAUGAGGAACCAAAGGCUUCUAUGUACUUACGUGUCUUUGGUAAUGAAAUGCUUAAUUCAGAAAAUGUUCUCAAGUCUGAUCCUCUGAAAAUGUUGCAGGAGACUCUGCAGCACCUCUCCUCACCCAGGGCCUUCCAGGUUAUGAAUCAGGAGUUUGUGACACCAACACUUCUGGGUUUCCCUCUGAGACUGAAGUAUAAUGUUACAGGAUCCCUGUCACUUGAUAAAGAAGGGAGAGUCCAGCCAGUUAGUCCAGGCCAGCUGUUACUGGAGGGCAAACUGUCACCCACAGUUGCUGUCACCUCAGAUGAAACACUGUUACUGGAUGGCUAUGGUUUCCACAGUGGCAUCAAGAGGAGUACCACACAUCAUGCCCACUCGCACUUUGGUGGAAAGAUUAAUAUCCAAGAUGGGCGUGUGAUUGAUGUCCAGCUUGAUCUUCCCAAAACAGAAGUAGUGAAAAUAUAUUCCUCUGUGAAGAUUGCACUGUAUUCCAACACAGAUCAAGGAUGGAGUGACCUGGCUGCUCACAGUGACCCUGGGGAGUCUGAGGGAUGCUCCUCCAAGGCACUGAGUGAUAUCAUUGGCCUGCAGGUCUGCCAUGUGGAGAGAUCAACAAAAAUCAUUGACACAGAUGUAGCCAGUAGUGAACCUUAUGAAAAGAAAAUUGUAAUAUCAAAAACUGACAACUUUGACAAAUUUGUGUUCUCUCUUCGACAAGCCAAGAAUGCUUUUGAAGCCAUCAUAGAUACUCCAGGUUCCUCUGUAGACAGAAGGGUGAGUGUUGUGGUGAACAGCCAUGGUAAUGGUAUGGACAGUACCAUUGUGGUGCCCAGAAGAAAAGUAGAAGGAGAGUAUGAGUGGUCUCCAACACUUAAGAAAGUGACACUUAAGUAUUACCAAGACUCUGAGGUGCAUGGAGAGUUGGAUGUUAAUCUGCAAGUAGUGAAGGAAGGAGCCAAUAUGAGACACACACCUCACAUUGUAUUGUCAUGGCCAGGCCUGCUGGAGGUGAGAGCCAAUGGUUCACUUCUCCUGGGACCUCAAAGCAUUGGAUGGAAUGGAACCGUCAUGUCAAGCCUUCAAAGUCAACCAGCUGUCUCACAAGGACACUGGAAAGUGGUGGGUGACCAGCACCAGGCAUCAGCCAGAGUAAAUGUGGAGCAAUACUAUGCCUCCAUCUCAGGAAGUGUCCUCAGAGAGUCAGCCAUAACAGUGGUAGAGGCAAAGAGUGAGUAUGGCACUGACUCAGCACAGCCCAACAUGCUGUCAUUCAGUGCUCACUUCACUGAGAAAUUGGAAAACAAAGACAAAUCAUUACAAGGCCACAUAUCCAUACAAUCAAGUCAAGCAGAAGCAAGUGUCAACUUGGAUGUGAGACAUCAGCCAGCACACACAGCUGUCAAUGCCAGCAUCUCUCAUCCCAAUGCAGAGAUAAAUUCAACAUUUGUUGCCAAAAACAUCGGUGAAGAAGGAAAGAGAGAUUUUGAAAUGGCAUUUAGUUUGUAUAGUCCCCAACUGGCUCUCAAUUACUUGGGCCGCACCCUAUACAAGGUAUCAGAUGGUGACUUCCAAGCUGAGGCAGAGGUGAGGCUGGGCACUCUGGGCUACACAAAGAUAUCAGUGAGCCAUCUGCUGCAGUGCCAUCCUUUCCAUGCCCUUGCUGGCCUUCACCUGCAGUUCAAUGACCAUCUUCUGCAGGCUGGCUACAAUGUGGACCUGAGUCGACCAGACCAGACUGAGAUAAUGGUGAGUGGUGCAGUGGGAGGCGCCAGUGCAGUGUUUCACAUGGAGGCCCAACAUACCAACACGCAACCCUUCCAAGGACUGGUGAAGGUGUUUGGUGGCUACAAUGAGAAGCAAGUUGGUGUCAUACUACACACUACCUCCGAUGAUGCAUGGCAGUCCUUCAAUGGCUCUAUGGAGCUGACGUGGUUUGAGCAAUUUUAUGUGAUGAGAUAUGAAGCUUUGUGGAGUGAUGGCAGGAGAGGAAUCACUUUCUCUCACAACCAAAACACUUUCCAACUCAUGUAUGAGUCAUCCCUGACUCCUCAUGUAUCACUGGUGGUGAAAUCAAGCACUUAUCCAACACUUCAGGUAGUUGUUGAGAAGACUGAAAAUCCACAAAGCAAGACCUAUCAAGCCUAUGUCAUGCAGGGUGCUGAUCAGCCUCUGUACAUUGGUGCCACAUGGAACAAGAAUGAAAGUUUUAGUGGCAGCCUCAGACUACUGAAGAGCGAGGUGAAGUUGUCUGGUUCUCUCAGUCGUCCACACCAACAUCACGUGGAAGGCUCAGCACGAGUCACCAUCAUCCUCCCCUCCACCAGGUCCUUCACCACAGACUUCACACUCACACAUGCAUAUGACGGAAUCACCAGAGAACUCAAUGUUUCCACCAUCUCCAAUGGACACAAAUAUGAGGGAAACUUCAAGUUGAAGCAGUAUGAUGGCUGGUUCUCCAAUGAUUCAGUCAGCCUCAUUGUCAAUCUCACUACACCUCUUGCUGGACUACACUCUGCAGCACUUGUUGUAGAGACUCACAGUGAUUCAUCACAACUCAGCUUUAUUCAGUUUGAAGUUGAGGAGAUUAAGGUUCGUGGGGAAGCUCAGCUGGGAGACUCUGUAAAGCUCUUUGAUGUGAAGCUGCAGUAUGAAGCUGGACAUGGCAACUGUGACUCUCACAUUCACCUGUACCACAAGUAUGUCCAUGAGAAAUAUCUUACAGGUGCUGCUGUCAAGCUCACACAAGAACAUGACCCAUGGGACCUGCAGGUUGUCACUGUCUUAGGCAACACUCAUGCCAAGAAAUCACUGGAUAUAGAAUUCACCUCUCCAUUGUUGUCAUCACCUUUUCAUUUUCUUGCAAACUAUAGCAGUUCAGAAACGCACUUUGAUUUGAAACUUAUAGGAGGAAUGGAAAACCAAGCAUCUCUUACAGUGUCUGGCAAGAAUGCUCUUGAAGACAAUACUAAGAUUUAUGGAGGAACACUUGAUCUUCAGACUCCCUGGACUUCUCCAUUAUUCAUGAAUGUGUCACACCUUCACGGGAACCACGGACUCAACAUGACCCUUGAUUUCCAUUCAGCAUGGCAUCCAGUGAACACAGUCAGUGCAGACUUGGGUGUUAUUUUUGUGAACAGUUCUGAUCUGAAUGCUAAUUUUCGACUAGAUCAUGAAUACCUUCAAGUGGCAAUGGAUCUUGGCCACAGGCUCACAAAGGGUGAACUCAGAAAUGAGCUGGAAUUCUCUGCCAAUGUGGUAAGGGUUACUUGUAAGAUCAUAAGUACAUGGGAUGAGAACUUUGUUCCCCAGAGUGCCACAGGACAUAUUUCUGUCAUAAGUAAGCUUGAAAAUCCCAUAGACUUCAGUUUUUCUUUCAUCAAAGGCAUCAGUGACUAUCACACUCAGUUGAUUGCAUCUCACAGCACAAGCCUGCUGAGGGUGGAGCACCAGCUGCAGGCACACCACUUCACUGACUGGCAGAGUGAGCUAAGCAUUGUCUUUCCAAAUAGGGAGGAUGUUAUAGAAAGCAAGAUAUCACUGAAUGUCAUGCCUUCUCUUUCUCCUAUGAAGUGGAAAUUUUCAAUUAAAUCGCCAUGGACUAAGGAAAUAAAAUCAGAAUUUUCUUCGGUAACAGUUAGUACAUUGCGAGAGACAGAGUUUAUUGUAGCUUAUGGUGACUCAUCACUGGCUGAACUAAGUCUGAAAACUCCUGAACCUUUCAACUGGUACCAAUCUAAUAUUUCCCUAAAUAUUUCCUCCUCAUAUUUCAGUGCCAUUGAUGUGCACUGGAGGCACAAAUUUGGCAAUGAAAAUAUUGUAACUGCAGAGAUAUUUGUUGAUGGUGAAUUCUAUCUAAAGGGAGAACAAAAACUAAUGCUCAGUAGAAGUGAAUUGACACAGGAUUUUGAACAGUUUCACUUUGUUUUCAUGGUGAACAUUCCAAGUAAUGAUUUUGAUUUUGAAACAAAUCUGCUCUUCAAUUCAAAUCUGAGUGGAGAGUUUGAAGUGGAGACUGGUGAUUAUCUGGUGUAUGUGACCUCCCUGCACAAUGCUGGAGAGCUGCUCAGCUGUGUGAUCCAAGGCCCACUGGAGGAAUGGAAGGCAUCACUCACCCGUGACCCUGGACCCUCUUCCCUGCCAAACCUCCGCCUCAAUGUGACAAAGGAUGGCAUUGACAUCUUCACUUUUGGAAGUAAAUUUACUGAGAUCUAUCCAAAACUUGAUGGCUUAUUCACUUUCAGUGUAAGAUUUGGGAAUAUAGACUUAGUAAAGCAUGGACAGCUGCAUAUAGUAGCAGACAUGUCAAGGAUCAAGGACUAUGCCUUCUUGGGAAGUGUAAAACUAAACACUAAUUUUGAAGGAUUUGAAAAAUACUGGGCUGAGUUGGAUACAUAUGUCAGCCAGAAGAAAGGUAUUAUUAAUGGCAACCUUUCAGGAACAUUAUAUAUUGGUGACUGGCAAUACAGAACAAACUUAGAGGCAUUGCUAGAGCUGUAUGAUAACUUUAGCCUCAGUUACAAGAAUGAGUAUAUUUUGAUGCAUCAUCAACAGAUAUUAGGUAAAAAGGAAAUUAUUUUGUACAUCCUUGUAAAUGAGAAUUUGUUUUAUGGCAAUGUAACCGCUCUUACUGGCCUUCAAGCUCCUCAGUGGGGUGCUUUUAUGACCUACAAUCACCAGAGUAAAGAGUUCAAGGCACAUAUUAUCCCAGGAAACAGAAAGAAAUACCAAAUUAUGGCUCAUGUUGAUGCCAAUGUGUUUAAGAUUGACAGUCAGGUUGUCAGUGAAGAUGCACCAUCAUUCAAAUUGAUCACAGGGGAUAUAAGCUGGAUCUUUAGACGACGAGGGCAAUUAAUUAGGAUUGAUCUAAACUCUGACUUCAGUAUGAUUCAGAACAUCAAAGGAGUCAUUGGUAUUCAGCGUAGAAGAAGAGUGGGAGUUAAUGCAAAAGUCAUAGUUAACGAGGUUGAGUUCAAUGGCAAUGUGACCUACAUCCCACCACGUCCCCGCGCCCCAGCACGUGUAAACUUUGAAGUGGACAACAAAGUCUUCAUACCGUUCAAGGCGAACCUCAACCUCACAUACUCUGUGUCAUCUCGCAAACUAGAAUCUUAUCUGGCUAUCGACUUAAAUGAACACAAGAAUUGGCUUGUAUCUGAUACCAAAGCAAGUUUGGAUGACUCUGUAUAUUAUUCAACAUUGAAGUUGCCUUUCAAAGACUUUGAAAAUUCUACCAUGUCCCUCAAAAUAUCAAUGGAACAAUUCUAUGGAGUAAAUAUUGAGAUGCUGCUGCAAAACCAUAAUGUCACUAUUGAAGGAAAAGUGGAUCCUGAAUUCAAGUUUGUCCUUGUCUCCAGCAAAGUCCUUUACAACCAUGUAAAUGAAUUAUUUGACUUUCAUUUCAGUUAUGAAAUUGAUAAGAAUUCUUUUAAUGCAUCCAGUCACUGUCGUUUGGAAAAAUAUGGUGAUAUAUAUAGGUAUGAAUUAAUGGCUGAAUCUACCAGACUUUUUAAUAUUGAUCUCAAAGGUGAAGCACAAGUAUAUACACUGCUUUCUCUUGGAUUGCAGCUGUCAUCAGUGACUGGAAGAAAUGACUCUUCAGUUAUGAUCCAUGCUUAUAAUCCUGUUUCUAAUUGGACACAUUUCUUGUACCAACAUUCAGCAAUGUUUAAUCAAAGUGAUAUAAGUAUAGAAGUCAAUGAAAGGGCAUUACUGUCCCUUAAAACUUAUCAUGACUUCCAAAAUGGUAAAUUUGACUUAAAUGCUACGUAUAGCCAUUCAAUUUCUUAUCUUCCAUUCACUGCAACACUAACAGCAAAUGGAAAAAUGGAAGAAAAAAGAGGAGAACUAAAUCUGGGACUUUCUACUUCAUCACCAAAAUUUUCUCAAGCUGAUCUUCAGACUGUUUAUAAAUUAGAAGACAAUAAGGAAGGAACUUUCAAGAUAAUGAGCACCAUUGGUAAUGCUGAAGGCAGCAUUGUCCUCCAGGAAUCCUCAGACAAAAGAUCUGUCUCUUUCAACAUGACUUCAAGCCUUCAUUCCUUCAGGCACUACUAUGUCAAGCUUACUCACAAGACUGAAGGAAAUAAUCACCACUUCUCUGUACAGAGCAUUCAGGAUGAGGUGGAGCUGGAAAUGGAGGCUUCAUUCCUUGCCAAAAUAGAAGGUUUCUCAACUUCCUUCAGAAUUAAAACAACUUUCAAGCAUCUUGAGACUCUUCAUGUGUCCCUGGGAUUCCCUCACUCAAAUUCCCCUGGAAAUUUAUAUACAUUUGACAUCAAUGGAAUCACCAGUGGAGAUUUUUAUGGAUUUACUUUCACACAUGAUCAUAAUAAUAACUGGAACAUGCAAAAUACAACAAUGAUUGUAUUCACUCCUCAUGAAGGUUUUGGCAACUUUUCUUUAAGUGCAGCAUAUGAUGUAUCCAGUCAUGCUACCAUGCACUUCAGUUCUUCUGAGGGAGAUAUAAGUUUGAAAGCAGUCUGGCUAGUCUUUAGAAAUUACUUAACUUUCAAUGUCAGUUUUGAUCUAUCACACUUUGGGUUGGGAAAAUAUGUCCUUCUUUGUAACAUUCCAUACACAACAUCAACAAAUGGACUAAUUCAGUUUGAAUACAGCCAGGCACAUGUAAACUAUUCAUGCCAGAUAACAGGAGGAAGAAAUUUCAACUUUGCAAAGCUGAUUCUUGACCUGAAUAACCCUCACUGGGCUGUGAACAAGACAAUGUAUAGUUUUGGUUAUGAUUUUUAUCCUAGGAAAAACUUACUCAAUCUUGAAGGACAAUAUAAAGAAAUAGAGGCAAAUGCUGUCUUGAAGUUCAAAAAAUAUAUAAUGCCUCUCUCAGGAGUUUUCAAAGUUCAGACAAACAUCAAUAAAUAUAAAGUCAUAAAUGGAUCUUGGAAUAUUGGCAGAAAAGAUCAGUCAUAUUUUUUUGAAACCAAAGUCAACACAAGUGAACAAACAAUGUUGUCCCUUGUUGCUCAAUUGAACAGUCAGCCACAGGGAGUACCAUCACCAUGGAGUAGACUGGAGCUGGAUGUGCUUUUUGAAUCAUCCUUCACUCUGACUCAUCACCUGCAUGUUGAGUAUGAAGUCAACACAUGGACUCUAUCAUCCUGGUAUAAGUGUGGUUUUGAUAACUUUCAUUUCAAGCUGGUACCUAAACUAAAACGGAAAGUGGGGACUUUUACAAUGACAGGCAAUAUACCCAUUAGAGGCUUGUCAACCUUCAACUUGGAUUUCAAUUAUAAAUUCAAGGAGGUUUACACUACAAGUCUAACUGCUUCAGUUGAACAAACUAACUUGAUUUUUAGUGUGGAGCUAGAGCCCAGGAGAAGCUGGAGCUCACUCAAAGCUUCCCUAACCUCUCCUUUAUUCCGACCGAUGAGAGGAUCCCUAUUGUGGACCUUCAAAGAGUUGCCAUGGCUUGUGGAGUCCAGUGUGACUUAUGGUGAUCAUGUAGGAGAACUGAAGAUCAAAGUAAAUCCAUAUGGAAAUUCUAAGCUAACAGAACUUCAACUGAACCUGCCAUUUCAAUCUUUCCACAAGAGUUUCUUCACUGCAAAAUACAACACUAACCAGGCAGGUCACAUCUUUCUUACUUCUGAAUUUUCUGUUAAUAACUACACUUUGAGUGCUGAGUCAAAGCUUAAGCUCAAUAAUAAAGUAACCAGACUAGAAUUCAUGGGAUUAGGAAAUGUUCUUGGGACAGAUGGAAAGUUGGAGUUAAUUUAUGAAAACAUAGGCAACCAGUACACUGGAAAUUCAUCAAUAACAUAUGGUGGAACUGAAAUGCUUACUGUAUAUCUCACCGUGAAUCCUAGAAUGAUUAACUUUGACAUGAAAUAUGAUAUGCACAGCUAUUUGAAUGCUAAACUUACAUUAUAUCAAGUGGAAAUUGAAUUCUUCUGGAAUAAGGAAACCUACCUUAAUAUGAGUGGCUCCCUUACACCUCACAAUGAUGGUUAUGAGCUUCACCUUACUCUUGAGAGCUCAGAGACUCUGCCAAUGAUGCUCAAAUCUAGAUACUUACACAGAGAUGGUCAAGAAGCCACAGCCUCCCUCUCUGUUGGAGAAAAGCAAUACAAUGCCAGUGUUAAAGGUUAUGUCAGUAAGAAGAGUUCAAGUCUUCAGUUGUACCUUUAUUCAUCUGAGAGCCCAUACUCACCUAUUAUUUUCAAUGCAGAAUACAACAUCAGAGAAUAUUUGCGUGGAAGGAUGACUUCCAUGAUGGAUCUGGCAUCCCUGACUUUUGAGUGGGGAGAAAAAAUUCACCUUCUUGUGCAAGGAAUGCAAACCAGAGAUCAGUCCAAGAUGAAAUUUGAACUAUUCACCCCAUUCAGAUCACUUCCUAUGCUUACCUUUGGAUAUGAUGCCAAGUUUUCACUAGCCAGAUCUAACAUUGAGGUGAUGUGCACCACCUUUGUGGAAUGGUCUCAGAGGAUCACACUCAAUGGCAUUUUCAAAUUAGUAAAUGGAAAUGUGGACUCUUUUGUUGGUCUGACAAGCUCUUAUUCAGACCUGGAAAUGUGUAAUGUCUCAUUAAAAUUCAACUCUAGCCAUAUUGAAGCUACAGUAACUAUGAACAAAGACAAGUGGAAAAUGACUUGUGAAUAUAAACUUUAUCCAUUUUCUCUGGAAAUAUCUGUCAACACUCCACUGGAGGGCUACAGGACCUUCAUCCUCAUUGCAUCUGGAUCCUUACAAGGUGGCCGGCUUGCAGCAGAGGCAGAAAUUACAUGGACCAACACUAUUAGGGUUCAAGUGGAGGCAGAGCUUUGGGAUCUUGACAUAAAGGUUCAGACUCCAUGGAGCCUGUUAUCUGAAGCCUCUCUCAAAAUGUCGCUGAGAACGGAAAGUGAAGCUCUCAUGUACACAGUCACUGCACACUGGAACCACUUCACUAUGGUGAUGAAAACAGUUUAUUCACCACUGCAAUUGAAAAUAAUUUCUGAAUAUAAAGAGGACUCUACUGAAAUUGGAUAUGUUUUGUUUGAGUGUGAUCUCAGUUCAAGGAAAUACAAAGUUGCUGCACAGAUUAGAACUCCUUUCAGUAGCUUUAAAUCUGCUGAAAUGGAAUUCAGUAUGAAACCAAAAAAUCAUGAUUACACGAUUAAUUUCAUAACAAACAAUGUUGAACACACACUUGAGCUAAUGUUUUCCAAAAAGCAAGGAAAGAUAAAAGUUCUUCUUCCUAUACUAAACAAGUUCACAUGGACAUUAGAAGCUAAGAAAAUGUGGCAAGAACUUGAUACUGAAGCUUCCAUUUCUUUGAGUGAGAUAUUUGCUCCCUUGAAGGUCUCUCUCAGCUACCUCAUCUCUCCUGAUGACAGAAAAGCAAACAUCAAUGUUCAGUCUGAGUUUGCACACACAUGGGUGGAAUCCUUCAACUUGAACUUUGUUGUGACGUACGAUGGUACUUCACUUGAAGCUUCAUCGUCUACAGAGUGGAAGCCUCAUGGCAAGGAACUAACUGAUUUGAAUAGUAGUCUAACAUGUAACAUUAACAAGAAGCAUCUGUCUAUGGAGGUAAAGUUGGAAGGCAGUUACUUUGAACAUCCUGUUAAGUUAACAUGCAAAAUCCCGUUGUUCAACUUUUUCAUAAAAGAAGGGGCUUUUGAACUUGCUUUCAUUCAUGAAGAAACUCAUAAAGUUACAUAUGAAACAACAAAUGGAGAUGAAGUUUAUCCCCAUCAUCAAUUGACCAUAAGCAUCCCUGAGUGGUCUUGUGCUGCUGAGUUAAUCCUAAAGGAGGAGUCCUUCAAUUUAUCUGUCUCCUUCCCAGACUUGGCCACCAGGCACACCCUUUCUAUCAAGUGGCCUCAGCUCAGUCUAGAAAAAUUUGCUGCCCAGUUGGAGUUGCAUUCCCCUUACCUGCCCUGGGAAGGAGUGGCCAUCAAUGGGAGUCUUGAGGUUAGAAGAAAAUUGUCCUUUUCCUUUAAUUCAACAGCAUCAUAUGGCCAUCACUUCAUUGCAGCUUCUGGAACUCUACAUUAUGUGAAAAAACUCCAUGAACUGCAAUUUGAGGGAAAAGUCCAAUCAAACUGGAUUGACAAUUACUGGGUGGCAGUAAAUGUCCAGUGGUUGAGAAACAUCAAAACAAACAUUCAGGUUGGAAUUGCAGAUGAAGAACAUACCUGUAGUUUGGUUAUAAAUGUCACAAACUAUACUUUAGAACUGAAGUGUGAUUCUUCAUGGCUUCCAUAUGGGAACUGUACUAUAAAAGGAAAAAUGAAUAGCGAUGUAAGCAUCUUUAAUAUUAAAGUAGAAGGUGAGCUGGUAGGAUUCACAGAAGGCAAGAGUCUCCUUAUUGAAGCUUCAGUGAGUGAAGAUGAUCCCAAUGUCUUUAUUGCCAACCUUACCAUUAGACAUGGAACUCGCCAGCUUCACCAGGUGUCUGCUCAUGUCACUCUGAGGAAAAAAUCUCUGAAGAUCAAAUUUAAGAUAGAAAGUGUUGACCCCAGGCUGACAACAAUGUUUAUAUUACAUCUAGAAAAUAAUAAUGAAAGAAGAUAUUUGUCAGUAGAAAUUUCAAACUUCUUUAUUCCAGAUACUUACAUACAUAUUGAAAAUAACAAAAACUGGAGGAAAACACAGGAAAUAAAAUUCACCUCCUCAGAAUGCAGAUUUGUGCUCACUUCAGAAAUAAGUAAAAAAUAUGGACAUCUUGGUUUGGAAAUGAAAUAUUUCAGUCUUAAGUUCCAUGGAAGUACUCGCUAUGAUCUCUCAAAAGAAUAUAGUUUAGAAGCUGACAUUGGUACUUCAUGGGAUAUGUUGCAGGACCUUAGUGUCAAGAUGCAGCUCCCAUCAGAUGAAAAUACACAGCUGCUCAAGAUACACCUAAGAGGCAAGGAUGACCAACAGAGCAGGGUGGACAUUCACUGUUAUCCAGAUCCUGUCAUGAAGUGGAGCAUGUGGGUAGCCAUCUUAACACCCAUGUCUGGGUUUGAGAAGUUCCAGCUCAUGACUCCUCAGUUCAACUACCAAGACCACAUUUUCCGUGCACUUGUAGAAUACCCUGGUGGCAAGGUGGGCAGUAUACUGACCAACAGAUUAACAGAUGAUAUAUGGAAUUCUAAUAUACAGAUUAGUCUGUACUUGCCAUUUGAGAAAUAUGAAAUCAUCUCUCUAAAGCUAGUUAAUAAUGACUCUCUGGUGAGUGGCAAGGGCUGCUAUGCUGCAGAGAUGCGUGUUGGGACGGUGGGAAUCUCUGUCUCCAUGAUUGAUCUAUCCAUGAAUCAUUUUUAUAAUUAUGAAUUCUUAGUCAGACUUAAUGAAUGGAGCAUCAAGGCUAAUUGGGGAUUCAUCAGUAGGAAAGAAAAUUUCAGAACAAAACUAUACAUUAAUUUUGUACCAAAAGACAUACUCGGCAUACAGUUCUUUUCAACACAGUUAAGGUAUGAUAAAUAUGAAGAAUUUUAUUUCAUUGCCAAAAGUGAUUCUAAGGACCUUUUGAAAGGCCACUGGUCUUGGGGUGAGGCUAAAAUCUUUUCCUUGACAACACCAAGGAUAGCCCCUGGACAUUUGGUGUUCCAUCUUGAGCUGGGUCCUAUAGUGCAGGACUGUCAGGUGGAGACAAGUCUUUCCCCCUUACUAGGAGGCUCAGGGCUUCCUUACGGCUUCCAUGUCCAGCACAGACAACUGGAGGCUGGCCACCACAUUUCUGUGUUUGGAUUGGCAGCACAAACAAGUUUCUAUCUGCAAGGAACACAUCACAUGACUUCAAAACUGUUGAAUGAAAGUUUGACCAUUAAAGUCAAUGAGAAACAUGUGGGAUACAACAUGUGUCUCCAGAAACACCCUGGGAUGUUUACCAGCACCUACACUGGAGGAAUGGCCUUAAUGCUGCCAGUUCAUAGUGUUUAUUUCAAUACUUCUGUAAUAUCAGCCAUCAGAGCGAUAGAUUUUUCAUCGAAGCUUACAUGGGGCAAGAAUAACUCAUUGAGACAGCCUCUAAACUUAAAGAUGAAAUAUGAUGAUUAUUCAAUUUUCAAUAAGGGUAGACAAUAUUUGAGUGCAGUGUUGAGUCAUCCAGACAUGAAGGACAUCACUUUAGAAGCAAACAUUACUCGCACCCACAACUCAUCACUUUUUGGCUCGGCACAACUUGUGGAUGGAAACUCUCCUGAGAUGAAGAUGGUGGCAACAAUGGAAGUUGAACCAUUAAGUUAUGACAGGAGGCAGACUAUGAACCUCAGGUUCUCCCAACCAGCCUCCAACUUCACCAUGCUUAUGGAUGCCCAGCUCAGACAGGACCCAUUUAUUGAGACUCUCUGCAAACUUAGUUAUUACAGCCUCACCUCACAGACUUGGCACCGGGUCAACCUCUCAGCCUCCCUGGAAUCACAAGGCAGUGAACGUGCCUUUACAGUGGCUGUGGUGGCUCCAGAGAAAAAAUGGGGCCACACAUGGAGAGGGGUACUUGAUAGCAGGCAAGAAGAGGCCUCCCUCAGCUUGGAGGGAAGCUCUCUGGAGCAGGGAGACACUUGGAAGUUGAACUCUGUUAUCAAGAGACACAUGCCAGAGCUAGUCAUGCACCUGAGUGUUGGUAAUGAAGAGGAAGUGUAUGAAGAGGGUAGAGUGAGGCUUGGCCUGCACAGUCCAGUGGAGGCUGGGGCAGUACUGGACCAUCUCAGGUUUAGUGAAUGGCACCAAGAUGCAGCACUCGGCCUCAGACUCACAUCACCACAUGUCUUGCAGGCCUUCCUCGAAUUUGAUCCUUCCCUGGACUAUAAGGAUGAAGCUUUUGUCACCAGGUUGAUAUCACCAGUGCACAAGGUCCUACACAGCUGGAAAAAUGAUGUCACUUCCACUGUGUUGGAUGUCAGUCAGUGGAUCAUCUCGGAAGCUCCAACACUCUCUCAAGUUUUCGUCAACAAACAGGUCCUGCAAACUGUGUGGAAGAGUGAGGUGAACAGCUUCCUUGAUUUCCUCACUGAAGCCGAGAGAGUCGUUUCACAAGUCUCUGGUCAAACUUCAUCUUUCUGGAGAGAGGUGGUGAUUCCAGGAAUUCAAGAAGGCUUCACAUAUAUCAGCAACAUCCUAAAGUGGACACAAAGCAGCCUGUACCAAAGUGGCCAUCAUCUUUCCCUGCUGCUGCACCACUGGACUGCUCAUCUGGAGUGGAGGUGGCAAGUUGUGUCCUAUCAUCUUGCCUCUUUUCACCACCGCAUGAGAGUCUGGUGGGCCAGGAUGGAAGCUGAAAUGGAGUCUUAUCUCCAUGACACUAUGUACUGGGUUGCUUUCUACAUCAACCGAACCAUGAUUGCCAUCCAGGGUUGGGUUUCAGCCCUCAGCAACACUUUCCAGCCCCUCCUGCAUACACUCAGCUGGGUAACAAAUAGAUACAGUCACGAGUUGAGCAAUGCAUUUGUGUCUGAGUGCUGGCAGCCAGUGCAGCGUGUGGCAGACCAGCUGCACCACUCCCUUGGGCAGGUCAUUGAUAGUAGCUGGGCCAUCCUUAGAGAGUUCCUGCAGCUGGAGACAACUAUUCCUAUGUUAACUCAGGCUUACCACUACAUCACAUUCCAGACACAACAAGCCCUCACUAUCAUCCAGGAUGAUCUGUACCAGUUUAGGGAAUCUUUGCCAGACACUCUUCACUUGAGUCUCAUAUCUCAGUUGUACCAGAAUGUUGAAGACUUGCUGGUGCAUUCAUUACCUGUGCUUCGUAACCUAGUGGAGAAUGGAGUGUCAGUCAUGGUGCCUCACAUAACUUCACUGGUGGACAGGGGAAUGAAUUUCAUUGAAGAUAGAAUUGAUGACAUGCAAGCAUACUCCAGAGAUGGCAUCCUCUACAGCUACAUGACUGAACUCUCUGUAAACCUGUCUGACAAGGUAUUGCUUGCAUGGCAGAGAUGGAAAGAAAAUGAUCUUGCUCUGGACUCAGUAACUGCAAAAUCACUUAUAGAGAUCAUGAAGAAAGUGUUGAGUCUUGACAGCGACAUCUUCAUGGAAUCAUAUGUCUUUGAGCCGGAGACGAGAGGCCGUGUUAUUUACAACCAGCACCUGCCUAUGAUGUGGCCUUCCUUCCUGCACACCCCACACUGGCAUUCCCUGACAGGCCAGAGUGGUGUGAGUGAAGCUCAGAGAAUACUACAAGAAGGUGUGGACAUGACAUCCAGCUCUUGGGCAACACGGUGGCUGCCUGGUUCUCUGCUCCCUCCAUUCACUGCAACUGCUUCAAUCAUAGGCCAGCACAUCACAACCUUUGACCUGCACCACUACCAAUUUCUGGGUCCAUGCUCUUACCUUCUGACCCAAGACUUUGUUGGUGGGGACUUCUCAGUGGUUGGUGUGUACCAGGCAGAGGCAGGGGUAGUGGGCCUUGCCUCUGUUGAAGUCCACACACCCUCUGGAACUUUUGUCUUGGGUGUGAAUGGUUCGGUUGACACAUCACAGUCACAACACGAGGUAACCUUGGCUGGCAUCCGUCACUGUUGUGUAUAUGAAGGAAUUAUCUUUAAAGCAAUAUUCUGUCACUGGGAGAUGGAUGAUUCACAAAUUGUACCUAAAAUUUAUGAAACAUGUCAUGUUGCUUUCCUCAGUAAAGCUUAAAAGAUUGUUCAAUAAUAACAAAAUA